UGGGGUUUGUGACACACAUGGAUCCUGUCGUCUUCCUCCUCCUCUUCGUCUUCCUCACGACCUUUCCAGGUGCUGCCACUGUGAACACAUUCAAAUGGCUAAAUGCACGGAAAGGAGGAUCCGUCACAAUCCCAUGUUUCUACGACCAGGAGUACAGGAAUAGUGUGAAAUACUGGUGUAAAGGGAGUAAACGAACUGUUAUGGUACGCACUGACUCCCCACAGAGAAAUGAUCAGGUGUCAAUCAGCGAUGACCCCGUCCACCUAGUUUUCUACGUGACCAUGAGGAACCUGGGGCAGGAGGACGCUGACUCUUACUGGUGUGCCGUGAAGAUUGAUGGAGUCCAAGAUAUCUUUGAUCAUCUCCAACUCUAUGUUCUUAUAGGUGGUCAGAGUGUGUGGACUGAGAGCUGGAUGUCAGCAGAGAGAAAAGGAUCUGUGACCAUCCCAUGUCACUAUGAUCAGAGAUAUAAACACCAUGUGAAAUACUGGUGUAAAGGAUUUAGAUGGGAAUCUUGUAGUACCAUGGUACGCACUAACUCACCACAGAGUAAAGGUGACGUAUCCAUCACUGAUGACCCCAACAAACUGGUCUUUUAUGUGACCAUGAGGAACCUACGGGAGAAGGACUCUGACACUUACUGGUGUGCUGUGGAGAUAAAUAUGGGACAGGAUUAUGGUGUAUUUCUCCCAAUAGUAAUUGGGAAAGCCUCAGAUGCCUUAACUACAUCAGAAAGCACUUUGAGUUCAACAGGAAUGAAAAGUCAGAAAGAUGUUUCUUCUCCAGAUUCCAUUUCAGUGAAAAAUAAUUCCACUCUUGAAAAUAACCUACGUUCAUCCCAACAGCCAGUCGUUCUGCUCAUACUGGGGCUGCUGCUGUUGGUGCUGGGGGUGACUGUUGCCAUGGGAACCCUCACCAUGUUCAGGAAGCAGAAGGAAGCACAGGAGAGGAAGAGCGAGACGCACAGCGGCCCCACUGACGCCGGGCACCACUGUAUCCUUUCUGAAAUUCAUUCUGCCACACGAUGUGUCACUCACUACCGCUUUGCCGGACUGAACACUGAAGUCUGUGGUGUUUCGCAGCCGACGUCAGACAGCGAAGUGUUUUACAGCACUCUGCUCCACAAGAAACCAGCAGAACGAAGAAAUGUUAAGGAGCCCCUUGUGAACCCUGAGGAUGAAGUCAUUUACAGUGACACAGUGUAGCCUACAGGACACACAGAGAACCGGAGCCUACCCAGCAUCUCAGGGCGU